GCUUCAGUCUCGAGAGGACGCGCUUCUGUGUGCGCGUGCAGAAAGUUCGUCAGAGUUGUGAUUUUUCAUACACAAUUACAGAAGUUAUUGGUGGCGGAAAGACCACAUUUAGAAGACCGGAUGUAAUGAUAUGCAUACCAUGCCUAGGGAAAAAAACAUAUCUCUCAACGCGGACCCUACGUGGACCACAAUGCUGCGAAUGGUCUGUUUGAACCCCUCCCUCAGAUAUGAUGGAAGUGAAUGAUGCAGAUGGGAAACAUCAGAAUGUGAAAAAAACAAGUCCGUAUGUUUCAAGAGAAGGAACUCUGAGAGCAGGAGAUAAAAAGCGUGGAAAGAGAUCCUCAGAAGUUGGACAGAUGAGAACUCACAGAGGAGAAAAAACAUUUGCAUGUCAUCAGUGUCAAAAGAGUUUUCCAGGUGAAGCACAACUUGAGAGACACAUAAAAAAUCACACUGCUGAGAAACCCUUCACAUGUCAAGAGUGUGGGAGGGGUUUCACAAGUAAAAGUGCCCUUCAGAUACACAUGAGAACUCACACUGGAGAAAAACCAUUCACGUGCCAUCACUGUGAAAAGGGUUUUACAAAUAUGAGUAACCUCAAGAAACACAUGAGAAUUCACACGGGAGAGAAACCAUUCCCGUGCCAACAGUGUGGAAAGAGUUUUUCAGGCACUGGUGACCUUAAGCUACACAUGAGAGUUCACACUGGAGAGAAACCAUUUGCAUGUCAUCAGUGAGAAAAGAGUUUUAGAUCUCGCGGUCACCUUAAGAGACACAUGAGAGUUCACACUGGAGAGAAACCCUAAGCAUGUGAUAAGUGUGGAAAGAGUUUUUCAAAUGCGGAAAACCUUAAGACGCACUUGAGAACUCACACCGGAGAGAAACCAUUUGCAUGUCUUCAGUGUGGACAGAGUUUUUCAUUCAUGGGUAACCUGAAGAGGCACAUGAGAUCUCACACUGGAGAGAAACCCUUCACAUGCCUUCUGUGUGGAAAGAGUUUCAGAUGUGCAAGUCAAUUUAAGACUCACAUGAGAAUUCACACCGGAGAGAAACCGUUCAUGUGUGAUCAGUGUGAAAAAAGUUUCACAAGUAGAAAUAUCCUAAGGAACCACAUGAGUAUCCACGCUAGAGAAAAAACAUUUUCAUGUCAUCAGUGUGAGAAGAAGUUUAGAUAUAAAAGUACACUCAAGAUACACAUGAGGAUUCACACUGGAGAGAAACUAUACACGUGUGAUCAGUGUGGAAAGAGUUUCACAGUUGCAUCACAACUCAAGGCACACAUGCCAGUUCACACUGGAGAGAAACCCUUCAUGUGUCAUCAGUGUGAAAAGAGUUUCUCAAAUAUCACUGGCCUUAAAAAUCAUUUGGGAACUCACAGUGAAGAGAAGCCGUUUGCAUGUCAUCUGUGUGGAAAGAGCUUUAGAACUGGCAGUCAACUUCAAGAACACAUGAGAGUUCACACUGGAGAGAAACCGUUCCCGUGUCAGCAGUGUGAAAAGUGUUUUUCAAGUACCAGUGGCCUUAAGAAACACAUGAGAAGUCACACUGGAGAGAAACCCUUCAUGUGUCAUCACUGUGAGAAGUGUUUCUCAAGUACCAGUGGCCUUAAGAAGCAUUUGAAAACUCACACUGGAGAGAAACCCUACUCAUGUGAUCAGUGUGGAAAGAGUUUCACGGAUAAAGGUUACCUUCGGGUACACAAGAGAAGUCACACUGGAGAGAAACCCAUCACGUGUGGUCAGUAGGGUGACCACCACCCAACACACCAGAUAUGGUCACAAAGGGCGGUGGAGUGCAGAUGGAGAGAGCGUUAAAUGGUUUGAUGUAAAUGUUGACCUGCAAACAAAUGGACGCCUGUGAAAGUCAAAGACGCACGUUCUCACUUCACUGAAACUGCAGAAGAUUGAAGAGAUAAUUCACAGCAGAGAUUUUGAGUUUGUCUAACCCAAUUUAGUGAUAAAAUAAAGUUUUUCUAGAAUAUCUCAGUGAAUUUAUUUUGAGUUAUUGAAUUAUUUAUUCUGAAACAUUUCUUUCAGUUAUUGAACAAAAGUAAAAUGUAGAGAACAGUUUUUAUGAAAAUGUUAUUAAUAAAA